AUGAAAACGUUUUUGGUGUUUUACUAUUUUAUUGUGGCAGUGAUUUUAGUAUCGGCCCAAAAUCGCAACAGAUCAGUAAGACGAAGAUCUCAAAAUGCUAGCCAAGAACCGGAAGGACAAGGAAGGACAUUGGGUAUCUUAAGGCCCCUAUUGGGGUUGGGCACUUUAGGUGGUGUGCGUAUUGGUUAUGACCAGCCUGUUGUUCCUUAUAGACCCGUUCGCAGACCACAAUCAUCGGUAAGACCACAAUCAGAUUAUUAUGGCGGAGGUUAUGGUGGCGGCUAUGGUAGUUAUCCAUACUACGGCUACGGUGGUUAUGGUUAUAGACCUGGUUAUGGUGGAUUCAUACCUCAGUAUGCUGGAUAUCCCUCAUAUGGUUAUGGUGGUUACAGACCUACUGCAUAUCCUGCUGCUGUUGGCAAUUAUGGAGGUAAUUAUCCCGCGUAUAACUCGCAACGUCCCAACUAUGGAGGUGCUGCAGGAAUAUCACCUUCUCGUCCAGUUCCACCUGUGCCCAGUAAUGUUGGUUCGACAACAGGAUCUUCCCCGACACCCUCACUUGCAGGACUGGAUCCUGCUCAAGCAGCACAAAUAGCCAAUUUAUUGGGACAACUUUUGGGUUCUCAACUAAGGCCACUGCUCGGCGCUGCUGGCGCAAAUAUACGAGGUGAUGCUCCAGAUACUUUAGUAUAA